AAUUUCAGAGAUACACAGAUAGUAGUCAAACUAUCGUACUCGUAAAACGUUCUCAUUCACUAAAGUGCACACGUUUUUUUUUUAUUUUUUUUAAAAAAAUGUUAAAAAUCAUUGCUGCUUUAAUUUUCGUGACUAAUUGUGCCAUUUGCUCAUCUCACAUCGAGUCAAUUAACCAUUUUCAAAGUGGAAAUGAGAAUUCAUUGUACAAAGACUUUUGUGAUUUUGUCGACAUUUUACCAAUUGAUGAUAUACGAAAUCUGACUAAGCAUUUCUAUGCAAAUGAUGAAGAAAUGAGAGAAUCGUACGAUUAUUUGCGUAGUGAUGGCUACAAAUUGAUUGUGGAUCGUUUGUCUCAGGUGACAAUUUUAAGGAAAUUUUCUAGCUUUCUCAAUGAUACGGGCGUCAACUUAAGUGAAUUUGAAAAGAAAAUUGAAAGAAUUGUGCUGACAAAUGAGGAGACAGAGUCGAUAGUUGUAAAUGAAAAUGGAAACAGUCUGGGCGGAAUUGAUGCAUACUUCUCCGAAUGUCUUCUUCUCAUACCACAAGAUGAGGUUCUGACGACAUUUUUCGCUAAAAUGGAGCAGAGCAAUGCAUUUUCAUCAUUUCUUGAAAAACUGUCUACAUCUGAUUACGCGGAUGUAAUGACAAAUCUACAGCAAUCUCAAGGACUUCAAAUGCUCUAUUUUGAUCUAGCAUCACAUGGAAUAGACAUUCUCGAGUGGGGCAAAUCUAUCAAGGGCUUUUUUGGCUAUUGAUAAGCAAGGACGUGCAAUUUUUCUAUUCUAAGGAUUUUUUAUAUAUGUUUUAAAAAUAAAAGAUUGUAUUUGACAUUUGACAUAAAUUCAACCUGAAAACCAUGAAAGAAGUUCCUUCUCAUCAGAAAAAAAGUCUUCAAUUUCGGAUGAGUUUGAUGACAUGAAAAUUGAAAAAAAUAAGGCCAAAAAAGGGACACGGAAGCUCUUAAGUUGUACAAGCAAUCAAUAUCUACAGAACCUUUUUGAUCGAACAGAAAAAAAAAAACAUUCUUAUUAGAACACGCAUACAUAAACAUACACACACUAAUUUACAAUGAUUUUGUAAUUUUCGAAGUCGGAAGUGUGCAAAUCAUCUUCACAGAAGGAGAACAUUCAUUCUAUGUUGUAGGAAGC